AAAACCCGACAAAUAAAAAAAUUCAAGCAAUGUCUUGCAAUUACUUAGCACCUCGGGCAAUCGAGGUGAAAAAUUCAGACACGUUAUCCGAAGUGUCCGAAAGCGGCACGGCCACUUCCGGUUUCAACUCCAACUGGGGUUCCAGGGAGGAAUUAAGGGACUUCGUCGCCAAACACGGACUAAAAGAUAUCUCGGACUUGUACCAGGACCGGUUCAGGGUCGACCGAAAAAAGUUAGAGCAAAUGCUGAGCGGGGACAACGAUGCGCUUAUCCCCGCAGACGUCUUCUUCGCGAAGAUUAUGGAAGACACUGACACUUACAUAACUUGGCCCAACAAACUCAAAUUGGGGGCUAAAUCCAAAAAGGAUCCUCAUGUGAGGAUCGCUGGAAAGCAAGAGGACGUUAACGCCGCUAAAGACAGGAUUAUGACCAUUUUGUACACGAGGUGCAAUCGCGUGACCAUGAAGAUGGACAUCAGCUACACGGAUCAUUCGCAUAUCAUAGGUAAAGGAGGACUUAGCAUCAAAAGAGUCAUGGAAGAAACCCAAUGCCAUGUACACUUUCCCGACUCAAACAGGUCCAACCCGAUGGAAAAAAGCAACCAAGUGUCGAUUUCAGGGGACUUGGAGGGUGUAGAAUCCGCCAGAAGUCGCGUUCGGCAACUCAUUCCCUUGAUCUUCGGGUUUGAACCCCCCAUCAUGGCUCAAAACAUCGACAACACCUGCCCUUACGUCAUCAAAAUCCAGGAACAGUACAAAGUGCAGGUCAUGUUCAAAACCAGGUCGAAGCUACACGCUACUAUCGUUCUAGUAAAAGGGGUGGAGUGGGAAGUGGAUCAAGUUAAGCAAGCCACAAUCCUCCUCAUGGAAUACAUGUGUGAAAGUUUGGUGAAUCAAAUUCCGGUGCAAAUGUCGAUCCAGAUUUCCCCGCAGCACCACCAAAUCGUCUUAGGGAAAAACCACUCCAAUUUGAAAUCUAUAAUGCAGUAUACUAAAUGUCAGAUUAUGUUUCCUGAUGCGCAUGAUCAGAAUAUUCCGAGUUUGAAGAAAAGUAAUAUUAAUAUUUCGGGGAAUAUUCACAAUGUGUACACCGCUCGUCAGCUGCUGAUUGGAAGUUUACCUCUUUUGAUCAUUUUUGAUCUACCCGAGGACUCGGCGAAUUUGAAGAUCCGAUCUGAACAGAUAAACGAGAUUCAGACGAGUUGUGACGUCACUAUUACGAUUAGGCAGAAGACCAAGCAGAUGAUUAAGGCGUGCAUCAUCAAGGGGAUUGAGAGACAAGCAAGCAACAUUUACAAGGCCCGCCACUUAAUUCUGGGCGUCGACGACCCAGCAAUCCAAGCCGACAUCCCUCGUCUCUACCACAUCCCCAACGCACCACCCUCGUCACCUUUUUCUCCAAAUCACGAGCUUCUUCCCACUCCUACCAACCCAACUCCGUCCCCUAUGUCGCCGUUGCUGAGCCCCAUGUUCACCUGGCAUUAUCCCGCCGGUAAUAUGGGUCACAAUCCUCCGUUCGUCGGGAUGACACAGAAGCCUCAGUUCAUGUACAACAUGACCCAACAAGCACCGCUGCAGCAGACGACUCACAGUAGCGGAUUUCAGUCGUUCCAGACCGACCAAGCCCAGGCUGACACCAGUUUGUUGUCUAGUAUUUCGAGCAACAGUAGUGCGAGUAGUUUUGUGGCGAGUCCUCGCAGCUCGAUGUCGCCUCAGAGCGAGAUUCCUACCACUAGUGAUUAUCAGUCGAUGAACGAGAAGAAGGUGGGUGGAUAUGAAGGGUACGAGAGCAAGCGUCUUGCGGGUUUCAAGGCAAUGCAGAGUCGUUUGACACCUUCGCCUUAUAGAGUGCCGACGGGUACUUGGUCAGGAUACGGGAUCAGCCAUACGAGCCCAGCAGGACUCCUGAAAAAGGACGACGACAUCUGGAAAUCCCCCGAAACCUUCCCAUCCACAUCGGGAAUAACCAUGAACACGAGCAACAUCCUGGACCACACUCCAACCCACUUAGUCACCCGCUUGACCACCAGCAUCUGGUCGGACCUCCCUUCGCUGCUCAGUUCCCUGGGUCUGGACAGAUACGUCACCUUAUUCGUACAGAACGAAGUCGACCUGGCCACCUUCGCCACCCUGUCAGAAAAAGACCUCGUAACAAUCGGCGUGACAGCCUUCGGCAGCCGCCGCAAGAUGCUGAUGGCCAUCACCGAACUGAACAAGCGGUCCAGCUCGUUCGCGAUAGCACCUGGAGCCGAACGCAAGAGCACCUCGUCGUCGUCGCCCAUUCAUGACACUAGCCCGAGAGAGAAUUGGUAGAUUGUAGAGUAGUACCAAGUUUAAGUGGCGCCCUCUUGUUUUCCGUCAGUUUUGAUGUGACUAUAGUUUGUAUGAUAUUGAAUGUAUUUGUUUUAAUGUUUGUGUCGUUAACGGAUUUUGAUUGGUCAUUUAUGGAGGUUGUUUGUUAUGGUGAUUGUGGAAUGACUCCGCUUGUUAUGAAUGUUCGUAAAUUAUUACUUAAAGAUCGCGAGUAUUGUUGUAGGGGAAUAAUUUACGAGAGCGCCAUCUUUGGAGUUUUAGAUGUACAUAUUUUAUGAACAAGUCGAUUUGUGAUAUUUUAUGAUGAUCGUAAAGCUGUGUUAGAAUCUUCGCCAUAUGGUUGUUUUAACUGGCGUAAUUUUAAGGUUAGAUUUUGUAAGCAAAAGUUUUAAUUUGCUUUUUUGAUUUUUUGAUU